GUGACAUCUACAGGAAGUAGUGCUUUCCAGCCUCACGUCUGUCAACAAUCCGUUCCUGGUCUCAUCUUUGGUCCUGCGGUCGCAUCGUCUGGAUACAGCACCUUUGUGCUGAGCUGCAGUGUAGGGACAGUAACAAAAAGGGAAUGAAGGAUCUCUUCAAGGCCAUGGGGACAGGAGGAACAAUUGCAGCAGCUGAUAACUGUUUCAAAAUACAUAUGGGCAUAACAAAACCAGCGACCCUCUCCCCCUCCCCUCUUCGAUCCUGAUCCCUCCUCACGUAAUGUGUUGCUCAUAUCAUCAAACUUCAAGUCCACGUCCGUGACCAGGAUUCAAACCAGAGCUAUAUAGUUCCGAAGACAAUCAACACUUCCAAAAAAAAAAAAAAAAAGUCACACUUCAGGGGCCGAAAGCGGCGCCAUUCAGUGUCAAACCUGCAGACUUGCCUGCAGACGAGUCCGCUCCACAGGCAUGCAGCACCGGUGGAGGUAGUAUCCUACUUGCAGUGACUCAUUCGUGCGCAAUGACAAUAAACAGACAAGGCUUUCUUUAAAUGUCACCAAAUCGAACCCACUCCAACAAAAGCAAGGUCACCUUGCGUGGGGUCUGGCAGAUCUGACGCUCGGGUCUAUUUCUUCUUCUAUUUCUCGGAGUGAAGCCGACCAUAGAGCGCAGCAGUCUCUCCUUCAGGAAUUAAUUUGGUGGUAAAUUCACUUCCUUUUUUUUUUGGACUGCACCUGUUCACCUGGAGACGCAUAAUCACGAGAGAUUUUGGGGGCAUUCGAGGGGGAAAAAGUGACCAGGCUUUUUGAGGUGAAGACUUUGGCACAGGGUCUCGGAAGUGAUGGCGGCGUCUGCACCCUCCUCCUCUGACGGCGAAUCGGAUCCCAACUCGACAAAUUUACGACCACCGGGCUCAAGCUAUGAUGCUUGGUGUGGAGUUGCUCAUGGAUGUACUAGAAAAUUGGGAAUGAAGAUAUGUGGGUUUUUGCAGAAGAACAACAGUCUGGAGGAGAGGAGCAGGAUGGUGAGUUCCUUCAAAGAGCGCGCAGCCAAGAACCUGCUGUCCUGCGAUAACACCGGAGGAGAUGCGCAUUUCAGACGCACAGAGACCGACUUCUCCAAUAUGUACGCCAGAGAUCUGUUGCCCGCCAAAAAUGGAGAGGAGCCCACCAUGCAGUUCUUGCUGGAGGUUGUGGAAAUCCUCACCAACUACGUCCGGAAGACCUUUGACAGAUCCACCAAGGUGCUGGACUUCCACCACCCCCACCAGCUGCUGGAGGGCAUGGAGGGCUUCAACCUGGAGCUCUCUGACCAGCCCGAGUCUCUGGAGCAGAUCCUGGUGGACUGCAGGGACACCUUGAAGUACGGAGUGAGAACAGGUCACCCCAGGUUCUUUAACCAGCUGUCCACUGGAUUAGACAUCGUUGGGUUGGCAGGAGAGUGGCUGACCUCUACAGCCAACACGAACAUGUUUACCUAUGAGAUCGCCCCCGUCUUUGUGCUCAUGGAGCAGCUGACACUGAAGAAGAUGAUAGAGAUGGUCGGCUGGCCUGAUGGAGAGGGCGAUGGGAUAUUUUCUCCAGGAGGAGCAAUCUCCAACAUGUACAGUGUGAUGAUUGCCAGAUACAAGUUCUUCCCUGAAGUCAAGACCAAAGGGAUGGCAGCUGCCCCCAGACUGGUCCUCUUCACCUCAGAGCAUAGCCACUAUUCCAUCAAGAAAGCCAGCGCAGCUCUGGGGUUCGGGACAGAGAACCUGAUCCUUUUGAACACGGAUAAAAGAGGGAGAGUCAUUCCUGCUGAUUUGGAAGCAAAAGUAAUAGAGGCCAAGCAGAAGGGGUAUGUGCCGAUGUUUGUGAACGCCACCGCUGGUACCACCGUCUACGGAGCCUUUGAUCCCAUCAAUGAAAUUGCAGACAUCUGUGAAAAGUACAACUUGUGGCUUCACGUGGACGGUGCAUGGGGAGGAGGUUUGCUGAUGUCCAGGAAACACAGACACAAGCUGAAUGGAGUAGAGAGAGCCAACUCAGUCACCUGGAACCCCCAUAAAAUGAUGGGAGUGCCGCUGCAGUGCUCUGCUGUCCUGGUCAGAGAGAGGGGGUUAUUACAAGGCUGCAACUCCAUGUGUGCUGGUUACCUCUUCCAGCCAGACAAACAGUAUGAUAUUUCAUACGACACAGGCGACAAAGCCAUUCAGUGUGGACGGCACGUCGAUAUCUUCAAGUUCUGGCUCAUGUGGAAGGCAAAGGGAACAGUAGGAUUUGAACAGCAUAUUGACAGGUGCCUGGAUCUGUCAGCGUACCUCUACGAUAAAAUAAAAAACAGAGAGGGCUUCGAGUUGGUGUUUGACGGAGAGCCGCAGCACACUAAUGUGUGUUUCUGGUAUAUUCCACCGAGUCUGCGUGGCCUGCCAGAUAACGACGAGAGGCGAGAGAGGUUGCACAAGGUGGCCCCAAAGAUCAAGGCAAUGAUGAUGGAGUCUGGGACUACGAUGGUGGGUUACCAGCCACAAGGAAACAAGGUCAACUUUUUCCGCAUGGUCAUCUCAAACCACGCCGCUACCAGGUCAGACAUCGACUUCCUGAUCGAGGAGAUCGAGCGACUGGGGCCCGAGUUGUAAGAUCCACACACACAAACUCCUUUUUUUCUCCACACGUUUCCGACUCUUGAGAGCCCCUGAGCUUGGCUUCACGUCCCUCUCGUCUCAUAAAGACGUCGACAUUUCUCUGCUUACAGAUCUUCUCCGGCAAUGCACAAGAAAUAUUACGCCCUGUGUGUCUCUUCUCUGUCUCUUCUAGCAGCGAUGACAUAUAUUCAAAACAUUUGCACACGAGGUUGUCUGAGUAAAAACGGACACAAGUCAAAACUGUGAGAGAAUCACAAAAGCACACUGGUAUUCUUGCUGAACCGUAUAUUAACCUCUAUAUAAUAAUGUUAAAAGAGAUUAACACUGGUUACUUAUUAUGUCAAAAUAAAAUGGCAAGAUUGGCAGAGCACUUGAAUGAUUCUUUCUAUAGCAGCUAUUAAAAACGUUAUUUUACUGUUGUACUAUAUGAAGGUCAGUAUUAAAAACAGAAGGAGAUCAAAAUAUUUUUUCACAAGUAUCAGAGCACAAUGUAGGGAACCGUAAAGCAUUGACAUAAACAGUAUGAGUGUAAUAUAUAUAUAUAUAUAUAUAUAUAUAUAUAUAUACACACACACUGCGUAUGAUGUACUGACUGUUGGUGCUCCAUGUUGUCUGUGUAAUUAUCAAGCCAGAUGCCUCGCCACAUUGUACCCUAGCUAUUAUUUCCCUUUGAUAUUACAUAGAAAUAUAUAACACAGUCAUUGUACUUGAUCGCUGUGUUUUUAGAGGUUUUUGGGUAGAUUGUGUAUAGUAUUGUUACAUUGCCUUUGUGCCAAAUGUGUCCUAGUUUUACAGUGAGUAAAUCGACCAUACAGUAUCGUAUGUAAUAGAUGAAUCACUUUAUUUAUAUCCAGAGAUUCUAAUUGUGAAUAGGUUUAUCUGCUGUUCCAUUUGUAUCCUCCUUCCUGUUUGGAAACUCUGCUGUAUCAUAUCACAAUGUUUUGAAUGACAUUUGAAGUGUGUAUUUGUGAACCAAAGAAGGGUUGAGUUACAUUUAUGAACAUGCCCUUAGUCUCCCUUAUGGAUGGAUUCAGAUGUUAACUUACCGCCCUUAACUUUAGUGCAAUCUAUGUUGUGUAACUGUGCGAUGUCGUUGUGAUUCACUGCCUGAAUGUUAUCCAGACACUCUGCGAUAUGUGGGAGGCAUGACCGGCAGUGCGGCCGCUACUGCCGGUGCUUUGUUCAUGAUAAAAAGCACAAUGCUAAACCAUCACGGUGCAGCUUUUAUUCUACAGACAUGUGUGAUUGUCUGUGUUAUAAUGUGUUAUAAUGUGGAGUAAAACUAUAAUAUGCAACAUUUUGUUUGUCUUAACAUGCUAAGUAUAGGCACACCUUUUUAUGUUGAGAAAAACAACGUGAGAAAACUGAGAUUAUUAUCGUGAAGAAUUUAGCUUGAACAAUGAAAUGCAGUGUUUGCUACUGUGAUAGGAUUUAUUGAACAAUUGUACAUUCCUGAAUUAGUGGGAUGAAAUAUCCCUUGUUAAAUUCAAUGUAGGCACUUUAGCUUCAUGCCAUCAUUUGCAGAGUAUUAUUAUUGUUGUAUCCACAGUGCUAAUAAAAACAUGAGCUGGAGAACAUCUGUGGGAACAAUCUGUUUGUGACAAAUAUAUAUGGCGACCACCACUGGAGACGACUUACCUUAACUCACGUGUUUAGCUUAAUUUACACUGCUUUACUUUUGUUUCAAAUAUUUUUCUUUUUUUCUUCUGACCUUAAGUAUUUAAUAAAAGUAUUAAACUGA